GGCAUACCUUCGUGCUGUGCGAUCUUGUUAUCGUGUCAUUGGUCUUGCCUUUCAACACAUUUUCCCACGCUGUGCCUGCGAAAGAAUUCUGCACGAAUACCCAGCAGUAGGCCUUUUGCUAAUAGACAGUCUCACGAAGCGGUGCUGGCCACAACGCCCGGAAAGCUGACGAGACCGUUGGAGAGGCCGCACGAUGCUGCUUCUGGAAGAAACAGGCAAUGUCACGCACCUCAACAUCCUGCUCCUCGGCUCAGCGCAUGUGGGAAAGACAUCCUUACGGAGGGUCUUCCUGAGAGGCUCGCAUUCUAGUGGAUUGGGCAAAACUCGGCAUCGAGGGCCAUGGCUCAGCGGAUACGACCCGACUAUAGAGGACUGUAACGUCAUUCAGUACAUACUCCCAGUGGCAUCGCCUACCGGUGGAUCUCUAUCUGGCAGCGCUCUACCGAUAUCUCCUGUUGAGAGCUUAGGCUCAGGCAGCACGAUCAGCAAUGAGGGGGACGAUGCGGAUAAGGAAGUGGAAAUGACAGAGGAGGAUCUUUGGCAGAAGAGACGUGGCCAACGGAUUGUGCUCACAUUGAGCGAUGUUGGAGGGCAUCCGUUCUAUGGCACCAUCUGGGCAUCUGCCAUAGCUGCGGCUGACGCGUUCAUCCUGAUCUACGACGUCGGAAACCGACAAUCCUUUGAGGCCAUUUUCGGAUUCUACCGUCAGAUCAUGGAAGUGAAAUGUGCGAGGCCAGCCACGCUACCGAUCAUGCUGCUUGGAAAUAUGGUGGACAAUGUAACGUCGGACCCUACAAGAUCGGCGCCAGACAAACGGCCUCGGCAGGUUACGAAAGAUAUGGGGCAAGCGUUGGCGGAUCUGCUCAAAGUUACCUUCAACGAGACAACCGUGAUGGCGCCGCAGUCUGUCGCCCAUUGUUUUAGGCAGAUUCUGAUAUCGGCACAGGAGCAUGCUCGAGCGCUUCUAGCAUCAGGGAUAGUGUCGCUCGCCAAUGAAGGGAAGAUGGGACAUGCGUACAAAUCACGGCGGAAUGGGUCGACAGGGUCCCUGCAGAGCAACGAUAGCGGAGGACAUCGUCACUCGAACCAAUCUCACAGAUCAGCAACCGCUUCCACAGAUCGCGUUUACGGCCAAGUUUCGCGAACCCAGGAUAUGGAGGCGAAUAGGGGCAGGCUCAGCGCCGCUGGGAACCGAGAUUCUUCCAACACCAUAUUGUCUGAAGGCUCAGCUAUCUCAGUCACCAAGCCGUCAGGACCGCUGACCGUAGUGAAUCCGACCCUCAAGUCAAUAGCGUCAUCCACCCUAUCGACCCGCUCGAAGACAGUAGUGGAUGCGAAUAAAGGCCUUGGCCCCGCGAAAGCAGACAGCAUCAGAUUUAGGCGCGAUAUGGUAUUCCGAGCCUGGCGAACGUUUCAACGAGGCGGCACAGUGAAUGUCACCGGUGCGCAACCGAGAAGCGCAGGCGUUUCUCGGGAGGUGCUUCGGUCGCUUCUUACCCGGAGUGGAGGGAGCGAGACCUUCGGAUCCUCCAUUUCCGAACGAGCUGCAUCCUCAAUACGACUAUCCGCGGGCCGCCAGCAUGUGCAAUCACAGCUUUCCAUGGACUCUUCCGCCUCGAUCCCCGCAUCGCAAACAAUCAGUAUUGCAUCAUCGACGUCAUCACCGGAAAUAGCGUCCACAUCGUCUACCCGAGCAUGUGUUGAGGAGAUCCCGCGUGCGCCACAAACUCACACCCUCAGUCUCUAUCCCACAAUACCCACCAUGUCGUCUGUAUCAAGCGACAGCACAAUACCCUAUGCUCUGUCGCGAAAGCAGACAGAUGUUUCCAUGGAGAGCGGAAUCGAUGUAAACGAAUUGGAGCAUAUCGCUGCUCGGCACCAGCCCACUCGACGCCCGAACCUCCGAGCCGAGCACCGAACAAUAUCGUUUUCAAGUGACGUCGCACAAUCGGUUGGGCAGGAAGAAAGGAAAGCGACACCUCCCGGAUCACCAGCAUUAUCCCGAGUGGAAGGGUCGGCCGCCGCGUCUCCUGCUACGGGCAAGCAGAGGACUUUGCGAUUGCAGAAGAGUCAACGGGAUCUUCAGCAGUUGCUGGACGAUUUGGAAGGCUUCAACUUUGAGGGAGACGAGUCGGAUGACCAGAAAACGCAACCUCCCGUUGCUCCUGAGUCGUCAAAUCAAGAUCCUUUCAGAGUCCCGAACUCUGCACAGUUUGGAAGCACGCGCUCACAUGCCCCAGGUGCUCUUCGAAUCGAGGUCUCGGCUCCACAUGUCGCGUCUGCAUCAGAUGAUGACCUGUUAUCCCCGCCUGGCGAUGACAUCGAGCUUCCUCCCGACGUCCAAUCGGAACCAUGGGAAGACAUCGAGCAAGAGCGGUACCAUGAUUCUUCUCUACCACCUCCCGCGCCUCGCCGUCCCCUGCAAGCGCCGAAGCAUCUUGGACAACAUGCGAAUCGAUCCAUCUCCUCCGGCACUGCCACUCGCGAGAACGUGAAUGACACUCUCAAAGCGCAAGCCAACAUGGAGCUCCUGCGCGGCAUCUUGGCCGAGUUGGAUGAAACGGAUAUGAGGAAGAUUGUGGAUGAGAUUGCGGCGUCAAAGCAGAAGCGGCAAGGGUCUUCGAAUUCGAAUGAUCAUCGGCAUCAUCAGCAUGACGCUCGAGAACCGCGGGAUGGCGACGGCGACUUGCCUGUGAUACCGAAUGUUCCCGGUGGACUGGUGGGGUGACGCAAGUAGUACUACGCCAACUACGGCAUCCAACACCUAUCGGCAUCCUUCAC